AUGAAGAAGUUUCACAGCUUCUCAGAGAAGAGUUAUCGAAAGGAAACCAUUUUCCAGAUAAUGUACGUCGUCUACCCUGUCCUCGCCCUUGUCGGCGUGCUCGGUAAUUUACUGACAAUCGUCAUCCUGUCCAGAGGAAAUUGUGGACUCUCCAAAUGCAUCACUCGCUAUCUCGUCGCCAUGGCAACAGCAGACCUGUUGGUGGUAGUUGCUGACGUGAUAUUAACUCGGAUGAAUUUCCUUUUCUACCCUGUUUGUUUCCUAGAUCUCACGCAAAUCUGCGCUCUAGGUACAAGUGUGCAGUGUGUGGCUGCGGACUGCUCGGCCUGGCUGACUGUCGCCUUCACUUUCGAUCGUUUUGUGGCCAUUUGCUGCCCGAGGGCCAACACCACAUACUCCACCAAGAGGACGGCUGCCGUGGUGAUCGGGGCAAUCUGGGCAGUGAGCUGUGCGACCAACAUGCCCUGGUACCUGGCCUUCGAGCCAUGGUUCGUGAUCAGAAAGGUAUCGUGGUUCUGCAACACCAAGGAGAGCUUCUACACUUCCCUCGAGUGGGCCGUGUUCAACUGGGUUGACAUAAUUCUCACACCAUUUAUUCCAUUCUGCCUGAUUUUAGCCCUCAAUACUCUGACUGUCAGGCACAUUGUGGCCGCUAACAAAGUUCGCAGAAGUUUGCUGGGCCACAGCAAUGCGGGAAGCACCGACUCGGAAAUGGAGAACCGGAGAAAUUGUGUCAUUUUACUCUUCGCUAUAUCUGGCAGUUUCAUGCUGUUUUGGAGCGCAUACGUUGUCUACAUCAUCUACGGGCAAAUUGUCAAUUAUUACUACACAGAUUACAACCAUCCGAUCUACAUCCUCUAUCACACAGCCAUAAUGCUCCAGCUUUCAAACAGCGCCACAAACACGUGCGUUUACGCCGUCACACAGACGAAAUUCAGAGCAGAGGUGAAGAAGGCAGUGAAAUACCCCUUCCUUUUGAUGAUAAAACAGUUUUCACAGUGA